AUGGCGGACGCAGCGCUGAAGCCGGAGAAGGACUUCAGCAAGGAGGCUGAGAAGAUCAUCCCCGAAGCCGAGCAGCUUGCCAAGACCGACAUCAAUGCCGCUAUUGAGAAGCUGUCCGUCCUCGAGAAGCAAACCCGCCAGGCCUCAGAUCUCGCAUCUUUAUCGAAAACACUCAUCACGAUAGUCACAAUCGCCAAGGAUGCCGGCAACUGGAGUCUACUCAACGACCAGGUUCUCAUCCUGUCCAAGAAGCAUGGCCAGCUCAAGCAGGCCAUCACGCGGAUGGUUCAGACCGUCAUGGGCUUCCUCGACAGCACUCCCGACCUCGACACCAAGCUCACAGUCAUCGAGACAUUGCGGACCGUUACUGAAGGCAAGAUCUUUGUCGAGGUCGAACGUGCCCGCGUGACCAAGAUCCUGUCCGACAUCAAGAAGCAACAAGGCGACCUGAAGGCGGCGAUGGACAUUCUGUGUGAGCUGCAGGUCGAGACGUUUGGCUCGAUGGACAGACGAGAAAAGACCGAGUUUAUCCUUGCUCAGGUUGCGCUCUGCAUUGAGAACGACGACUGGACGCAGGCUUCCAUCCUUGCACGCAAGAUCAGCACAAGAUACCUCGCCCGAAAGCCAAAGAAGACGCCCGAGCAGUUGGCCAAGGAGGAGAAGGCACGGGAAGAGAAGCGCAAAAAGGGCGAGGAUGUACCCGAGGAGAAGGAGGACGACACGACCGACCUCAAGCUACGGUAUUAUCAGCAACAAAUCCUGCUGGCAAAGCAUGAGGACAAGUACCUGGAUGUAUGCAAGCACUACCGGCAAGUCCUGGACACGGAAGCAGUCGAGGAAGAUCCUGCGAAACUCCAGCCUGUCCUCCAACGCAUCAUCUGGUUCGUUAUCCUCGCACCACACGACAACGAGCAGCAUGAUCUGCUGCAGCGCGUCCUUCGCGACACCCGCAACAGCCAGGUCCCCAUCGAUGCUCAGCUUCUGAAGCUCUUUACCGUGCACGAGCUCAUGCGCUGGCCCGAGGUCGCGAGGACAUUCGGGCCGCAUCUCUGCAGCACGGAUGUUUUCGACCGGCAGGAGGGUGAGUCUGGAGACGAGAAAGCCUUUAAGCGCUGGCAGGAUCUGCGCAAGCGUGUUAUUGAGCACAACGUUCGCGUGAUUGCCAAGUACUACACGCGGAUCGGCAUGAAGCGUCUGACGCAGCUGUUGGAUCUCACCGAGGAUGAGACGGAGAAGUACAUCAGCGAGCUAGUAUGCUCAAAGACCGUUUGGGCGAGGAUCGAUCGGCCAGCGAAACUGGUCAACUUUGCCAAGCCCACAGAUGUCGAUGACACACUGAACGAGUGGAGCCACAACAUGAAGAGCCUUCUUGGUCUGUUAGAGCGGGUAGACCACCUCAUCACCAAAGAGGAGAUGAUGGCGCGCAUUCAACCGACAGCGAAGGGUGGAAAGGCGGACAAGAAGACCAAGAAGAAGGCAUAG